UCGGUAAUCUCCGGUCAGCACUCCCGCCGGAUCUGUCAGUCGCGUAGUACAUGUAGAGGCGAGCGCAUUGCGUGGAGUGCCCGAGUGUCGUGUGUUUUUGUUGUCUAAAUGUUUAUACCAAGUUUUAGUUGUAGGCUCGCUUUCUAACGCGGCGCGAGUUCCAGGAUCGAGUGCUCCAGUGUGAAACCCAGUGCGUGCGUGGAUGGUGUGAUAAACGCCGGCUCAGCGUUGCAGGAGCGAAGAAGUGUUGCCGGAAUCCGUCGUCACUGGUGUCUGCAAUCAUGGCGGAGCCCGACACAAAAGUGGACCGGUCCGAUCCGGACCUGAAAUAUUUGUCAGUGGACAAGUCUGCGUUCAAUGAUCCGGCUACGCAGGCCGAGUGGACGCAGAAGAGGCUGGUGUGGGUGCCGCACGAGAACCAGGGCUUCGUCUCGGCCGGCAUCAAGGGCGAGCGCGGCGAUGAGGUCGAGGUGGAGAUCGCCGAGACGGGCAAGCGGAUUUUCGUCGCCAAGGAUGACAUCCAGAAGAUGAACCCGCCCAAGUUCGACAAAGUGGAGGAUAUGGCCGAGCUGACUUGCCUGAACGAGGCCUCGGUGCUGCACAACAUCAAGGACAGAUACUACUCCGGCCUCAUCUAUGUGAGUAUAGGUUAGGUGACGUCGCGCCGGCGUACCGGCCGGGAGGGCCGGGCGGUUAUGUUGCACGGGCAGCCCAGCCCAGCCCGUCCCCACCCCAACCGGGCCUCCCAGCCCAGCCCAGCCCGGUAUGCCGGUCAGCGCCCCGAGCCGCCGGGGCUGGGCUGGGCUGAGUGAGCUGAGCAGAGCCACCGUGUGCCAUUGCCAAGGAAUUGCGUCGAGAAAAGGGAUUCCACUCGUCCCAGACAAUGUUGACGACGGCCCCCAGGCGUGAUGCACGGCCGCAGGGCUUAGCCCCGGGUGUGGCUCUGGGGGAUCCGUGCUGAGGAAUGGGGCUGCCUAAAGUGGAUUAAGUUGACAGAGUGUUGGGAUUAAUAAUCUGGCUACAGUCCGGGAAGUGUUGCCUGGGUCCAUUCUGCCAGUGAAUGGAUGGGAUAGGGUUGCGGCGAAGCAAAUUGCACUCAUUUUGCAUGCAUGCACUGUGUGGCAGUUUGAUUUGAGCAACGUUGUUUCACUGUAGCUAUAAAUGUAAAAUUUAUUGGGUACAAACUAUCCCGCUUAGUAGUUGUUAUCUAAGAAUAUUUAUAUUCCAUUUCAAUAGCACGAUAGCUGCAGAAUUUCCCAUUAAAAAUGCAAUGAAUGAACUGUUCCUUUUGUUUUUGGCAUUGGUUUCAUAGACCAUUCCCCAAAUGAAUGAGCUUGCUGCUAAGAAUUUUCACCUAUUAAGGACAUGGAGCCAGUCAGUUUUCAUUAUAUGUUAAACAUCUUUAUCUUUACCUAAAUUGAAUGAAUGGGAUUGAGAUUUGUAUGUAAUUUAUUUCACAACUCAAACAGAUGACUAUAUGAGACCGUAUUGCAGAAAUGUAUUGUCACUUCUAUUUUUAGUUCAUAUGGCCAGUUAUCUUUGAGUGCUUGCCAUCUGCAAUCCACAUAGCAACUGUUUUUAGCGUUGUUGGAUACCCUAUUCCUGCACCUCAUUUUUUAAACUAUCUUUUUUUUUA